UAGGGGUCAACAUAACGCCAGGGUAACCUCCUCCAUCCCCGUCCAAGGUACUGAAAAUCUGUCAAGGAAAGUAACACAAGAACAAUGUCUUGGAUUACGCUGCAGCAAAGGGGACCACAUUUUUAACCAUAGCUUUGCAGUCUCCCAAUGGCUAGUUCGCUUUUCGUUCUGAAACUAAACGCUGAUCCAGUUGGCGAGUGUUAGUUAUUCGUUUCAAGAGAGGAAGAUCUGCGGAAAAGCUAUUCGCUGGUUGUGUGAUUUCCCCUUUUUCAGAACCAUUAAUUGUGUCGCUGAUUCGUUUAGUUGCUUUUCUGGUUUUGUCGGACAUAGCCCACCACAGACGAAGCGUCUCACUGAGCCGUCCGUUCACGAUGCGCUGAUACAGCCGUACCUCUGUGGAAUUCUCCAUCUAGUCAAAAGGUGAGCCUUGUGGUUUCCAUGGAGACGAGCGCCCUGGCACAGCAGGUGGAGAGCGUGGAGCGCAGCGUGGCGUUCCUGCAACAGGAACACCUAGUGCUGCUCACCGGCCUCCGUCUGGAGAUCCUGCACCUCAGGAAACGAUGUGCCGAGCUGAGCUGUGAGCUAAGUGAGAGGUUACCCAUGAGAACCCAAGCUGACGUGGACGAGGAGCAGGAGCAACUGGAGGCUCGGCUGCAGACGACAGAGCAGCGGCUGGCAGAGCGCGAGUGUGGCCUAGCCGACCUGCGUCUGGAGCUGCGCCGCAAGGGGGUGCUGGCGGGAGCCCUGCAGGCCCGUCUCCGCGACGAGGAGCGUCGCUUCCUGGACGAGCUGAAGCGGCGCAGCCACAAGAUCACGGCGCUCGGCCGGCAGCUGCGGCAGCAGACGGACGUGGCGGCACAGCUCUCCUUCCAGCUGCACUCAGCCCGCUUCCGCCUGUACCACGAGAAAGACGGAGGUGGAGAGGAAGAGGAGGAGGGGGAGGAGGAGGAAGAUGAGGUGGAGGAGAGCGAAGAGGGCUCCCCAGAGUCAGACUGGUCACUGUCCGCGCAAGCGUCCCCUGAGGUGGUCGAGAGGCGACCGCCAAGGGUUUAUAUGUCCAGCAGGUCCCGCCGCUCAGAGAGAGUCCGGGAGUGUGUGCCGCGGAUGAGGGUGUACGGGCCAGAGGAGCCAAGGCCCAUGCCCGACCCCGCCCUCUUCCUGUACCCUUUCAGGCAUAGGCUCCUCCCCUUGCAUGCCUCACUGGGGCGGAUCUGCAGGGAAAAUGACCAAUCAGAGACCUCAGAGGAGAGGCGGGGCAGACACAGCAACCAAUCACCAGUCAGGGGGAGAAUGGAGCCAGACACCACUGAAUUAUAAAUGAAUACUUAGAGGUGUAAACUAAGUAAAAAUCUCCAUAAAAGGUCUGGUUAGUUAGCAAGUCAAAUAAAUAUAUUUAAGGUCUCUAUUUGAACCUUAUCGAUACUGUGAUGGAAAAAAAGACUUCCAUCACUCCUAGCCCUAGAAUAUGUAAUACUGGGGUCAAGAUCAAAAACAUCAUCAUUAUAAUCCUCAUUCUCAUGUUCAUCAUCAUUCUUGUUUAUUAAACUACACACUGUAAUCUUGGUACAAUCAAUGAGUCACUCACUUGAACCUCACUGAUUUCAGUAAGUAAUACUGUGCUGAAUAUGCUGGCCUUAGACUGUUAGAGAAACAUACUGUAUAAUGUUACUAUCUAAUAAGCUUUACUGAGAUAAGCAAAGAGGUAUGUUUAUGUUUAGUAUAACACAGUCAUGAAAUAUGAUUGUGUUAUUUUUUGUAUCAGGUGUAUGACAGAAUUUGAUGAAACCUGAAUAGGCGUCAAUGUCACUUUAAAAUAAAGUAUUACUUUAUCAUGACAGUUAACAAAGUGUUUGCAGCUUUCUCAAAAAUAUUUGAGUUGCUGAAGUUUAGUAAUCCACUUGUGCCUGUACAAAACCAGUUUCAUAGGAAGCCAUAUAAUGACGUAUGAUGUCCAGUUAAUGGAGUAGCAACAGGGAUGGUGUAACUGUCAAAUAAAACUUGUGUAUACGACCAUAAA